UUCAGGGUGGGAAUCCGGGGAUUUGAAUUUUUGGACUCAGACAACAUGACGUUCGACCUCCGCCGGCUGGACAUUUACCGAAAAGUCCCCAAGGACCUGACUCAACCCACCCUCGCCGGCGCCAUAAUUUCCAUCGCCUGCGUCGUCGUCAUUUUCGUCCUUUUCUGCUCCGAGCUGGCCGGGUUCCUCAGGGUGGAGAUCAUAUCGCAAGUCUACGUUGACAACCCGACCACGGCGGAGACGACGGACCGGAUCCCCGUUUCCAUAGACAUUGAGUUGCCCAAUCUUAAGUGUGAAUACCUCGGCGUGGACAUCCAAGACGACCUGGGCCGUCACGAGGUCGGUUUCGUUGACAACACGGAAAAAACUCCGCUAAAUUCUGGGAAUGGAUGCAGAUUCCACUCAACUUUUCAAAUAAACAAGGUUCCAGGCAACUUCCACAUUUCGACCCACUCCGCUGCUAGGCAACCCUCGAACCCAGAUUUUUCCCACAAAAUCCGGCAGGUCCGGUUCGGGGACCGGAUUUUGGUGGACACGCCCGGGACUUUUAACCCCUUGGAAAACGUGGGGAGGAGCAUCGACGGGGAGGAUGAUGAGCAUAAAUUAAUGGGUCUCAGUUCCCAUGACUACAUCAUGAAAAUAGUGCCCACGAUUUACGAGGCGGGGUCGAAAAGGACAAUCUCUUAUCAAUACACGUAUGCUUAUCGGUCGUUUUUGGGGAGGGGGUCGAGUCCCGCGAUUUGGUUCCGCUACGACGUCUCCCCCUUGACAGUGAAAUACACCCCCAAGACGACGAACCCCUACCACUUCACGACGCUGCUCUGCGCGAUAAUCGGCGGCGUCUUCACCAUCGCCUCGAUGAUUGACGGGAUUUUAUUCUCAAUGACUGAAUUUUAUAAGAAAUUCGAACUCAACAAGUUGUCAUGACAAUUUUGAAAUAAAAUAAAAACUCCAUCUACUCCGUU